AUGGCUGAUGAAUUCUGGAAGGGCUUGCUGGAUGUGUUCUCAGUCGCUUCGCCGGCCAUUCUCUCUGUUCUCUCGUCUCACUGGACAGAACUAACGCACUACCUAUAUGUCAUUGGACCUAACAAUGCACGGCUAGUGCUGCGAGAUGCACUCAAGGCCAUUCACACAAUUAAAUACCAAAACGCCAGCAAUCCAACAACUGGAUCAGCACAUGUAUGCUUGAUGUAUAUGAACCAUCUGGAAUACCACCAACGUCUGUUAGAUCGCCUCGAACAAGAGUUAGAAACAUUCCCUCCUGUGUGGCGAAUUGUCAGCACGCCAGUUUGGCCAGAUGGUCUGGUAAAGACUUGUCGCUAUCUCCAAGGAGACCUCGUAAAAGCUCUUGCUGAAACAACGCAAGUCAGGAAUAUGGUCAGUGUAAUACAGGUAAUGAUCUUAGCUGGCUUCUAA